AUGACCAGGCGCGCAGCCCUUAUCCGUCAUGCCAAUCGCUCCUGCCGAUUACGGAGCGACGUCCGGAGGGAGUUGUUGGGCGGCUGCCCCUGUACUCCAUGUGGGCGGGUAUGUGUUGUUUUUGGCGCGGGCGGUGUAGUUGCUUGUCUAAGAGUUUCUGAAGGGAAUUCUUUAAUGGUGCGUGGGGGACGCCAUAGUCCGGUUUUCUACAUGAUUGGUGGGGUGGGGCUGUAUGACCUGAACGAUGUCUCGCUGGAUAAUCUAAAGAUGUGA